GACAGAGAGUAAGGGAGAGAGACGCGGGGAAUCUACCCUGCGACCGUUCUCACGACACGUCCCUUGUCGUCAAUACCUUCAAUCUUCUCGCCGAUCCACUCCCAUCUUCGCGACCCGUCAACUUCAUCUCACCAGCCGUCAACAUGGCCGAACCCGGGCUCAGCUUGCCGCCGCGAGAUAUCCCGACGCCCCUCCCUGAUGUCACGCGAAACCGGCUGCCGACCUUGUUCGAGGUCCUGAGCCGUCGCACGCAUCCUCCUGUCGACCUGUUCUCGUUCUACAUCUACAUGCGUGACCAGCAACGAUCGGUCGAUUAUCUCGACUUCUGGCUUGAUGUGGCCCAGCAUAUGUCGUUGUGCCGUCACUACGUUCGGGAACUUCGGCGAUCGGUCUUGAUUGGUACCCCCGACUUGGAGCAGGAGUCGAGGCGGUCUUCGCGAGUUCUGGAAGCCUUGGAUAACCUGGGCGAUCUACCUGCUGCCGGACCGUCAGCGUACCCCAGCGAGAAGGAGAGGGAGCAGGACGCUCAGAUGUCUGCUUUCCUUCGGGAUCAGCCUAGCCUCGGGAUCCACGACUCUCCGGCUAGCAGCCGAGACCGAAAAACCCAAGGCAGCACGCCCCAUCACAUCACCGACUCAAACUCACCGGAGCACACUGUCGCUCGCACCGAUCUCCGCGCGUCCGUAGAGAAGAUACUCUACACCUUCGUGCUCCCCGGCGCCGAACGCGAGAUCACCUUGCCCGGCUCGAUUACGACCGAUAUCACCCGCGAGAUCGAGGACAACGGACGCGACGACCCGGAGGUCUUUGAUGCAGCCAAAGACUAUGUGUUCCAGGCUAUGGAGAGGGACGCAUUCCCUGGCUUCCUGCGCGCCCGUGCCUUGGGCAACUUGAUUCCCCCUACCAUCAUUGCGAGGCUGAUCAUCGGCCUCAUCUCCCUCUUCGGCGGAUUCUGGACCGGCUUCAUCCUGAUCUUCCUCGACUAUGCCCGUCUGACGCGAUGCUGGGUUAUCCUGCCAUUCACCAUCGGCGUAUACUUCCUGGCCUCGUACCAGUACGCCCUCGACCCCUUCAUGGGACUCCUCGGCUUUACCGAAUACACGCCGUUCAACUUCUCCCGCAUCCGAGAGCCGUACGUCCGCAAGCUGAUCAUCAAGCGCUCGCUCAUGGUUCUCGCCAUCACAGCAAUCUUCGAUGCGGCACUUUGCGUCCUAUUCAUCUUCGUGCCCGGAAAGAGGCUUUAGGGUGAGAGUACGGGGGGCGCAUCCUGUUUCCCGCCCCUCCUCGCUGCCGCCUUACCGGUGGUGCGCCAUGGAUUUCACGUCACGACGUCACGACAAUUUUAUAUUUUCCCGGAGUUUCCGUGUUCU